GGGGAAGAUCGGGAGGAACCACACCAUCCAUGGUUCACUUCAGUCCGGGUCCUGCUACCUCCGUGUCCAGCCCAGGGUCCAGCAGCCGGUGGCGGGGAAUCAGGGCAGGAGCUGGGCGCGGGAGGAGAGCUACUCACGACGGGGUCUUUCUCACUGAACUACAAACAUUCUAACCCUGCCCCGGUGCUUGUUUACAUCCGAGAAUUGUUCACGAGAUGCCUGGGCAGCUCAGGAGCAGGAAAAGGAAGAGCAGCUCCCAGUCCAGAGGCACCAGGAAGGUGUAUUCAAGCCAGAAGAGUAAGGUGUGCCUUGACAGGUCAGGCAUCAGCUGUGAGUGUGAGCAGUGGUCAGACCACAAGAGGUGCUCAGCUUCCCCUCAGCCUGUGCCCCACCAUGACAAGGAGAACCAACAGGAGGCACUGUGCUGUGGCGAGCGCAUGGACUACCAGGACUAUAGCAAGCUCUUCCUCGAUGAGGACAGCAACCAGAUACUGCCUGUGGAGCACUUCUUUGGGAACAUGGAUGCUGUUCAGGACUUCCCUCAAAGGCCGUCCGCUCCAUCCACUACUGUGUCCAGAGCUCAGAGGAGGAGACGCUACUUUGCCCUGGAGGACAGUGAGGAGGAGGAGGAGGAGGAGGAGGGAGAAGUGACGAAGAGGAGAGAGGAGGGAGAGAGAGAAGAGCCAGAACAGCCAGAACAGCACCCUGAGGAGUCCCCCUCUGAUAGACACUGAAGCUAGAAGUGCAGAAACCCGAGUGCCAAAGUGAGACUGGAAGGUCGAUGGAGAAGCGACCAAUCCCACUGUAAACCAAACAUGUGGACAUACUCCGGUCCGAGGGCUGUACACGAGAGCUUAUUUUGUGAUAUUUAUUCUUAAACCUGAUGAAAAGCACUUUAAAUUCAAAUCCUUUUAUUGGGGCUUAAGGCACAUUUUUUAAACUGACAAUCCGAUCCACAUGAGACCCACGAUUUAUGGUCUGUCUUCCAAAAGGGGAUAUAGACCUUACAAUUAUGUUUUAAAGUGCAUAUGACAGGUUUUGUUAUUUUUCUAAUUAUGAUAGUACCUGUGGUUAAGUGGCAGUUUUUGGAAAAAAAAAGUUAAGUACAAAAAUACUGGAAACAGCAAUGAGUUCUAAAAUGGAAUACUUCUACCUAUGUCAUCAACACCUGAAAAUUCCAUCCAAAAUGCAGGGACAAUUUGUCAAUCUAUCAAACAGUACCACAUUAUUUGUUCGUGAAGGACAAUUUAAGCACUUUGAACAGUAAAAUACAAUAAGAAUAAAGUUCACACAAAAGUCACAGUGCAGCUCAACAGGUUGAGUCAUAUUUAUGUGAAAAGGAAGGUAUGUUUCUCAUAGUUUAAACCUUAAUUUAACAAAAUAAAGGUGCUGUCAUUAAUUUUAUUAACCUAAUCAUAACUAUUGUGCAAUUUAGAAUUUUUGGCCCUUGUUAACAUUAUGGUUGCCAAGUAACAGUUUUAUAAUUACCUCUACCCAAUCAUAUCUGGUGCUUCAACCAAGAAGUGAAAUUAUAAACUUAAAAAAUUUUUUUUUUGUAAAAUCUCACAAAAUAAUGACAUUAAUUUUGUUUAAGUGAAAUGAGUAGUCUAACCUGUCAUAUGCACUUACCAGCUUGGCCUAUUCAGCAGCCUUUGAAACUGUCAACAAGAUUUAAAAAAAGCAAAAAACUGCUCCUCUCCUGGUAAAAGAAUAUGGCCUUUAAUAUUUUCUAUGAUGUAAUUGCACUAUAUAAUGUAUGUGUAAAUGAAUAAGAGCCAACUGGAUUUGGAAUUGCUGUAGGUGGAGGUAGUGAUCACAGUGAUUAAAACUGAGCUGGAGGACAGGUGAGUAAAGUCUGUGGAGAAAUUUGUUGUUUAACUGUCAGAUUGUAGAUUUGUUGACCUGGUUUAUGGUUAAUAUCUCUGUAAUUACUGGGCCUAUCUGCAUGAAACAAAAGCUGACACAAAGUUCAACAUCUUCUGUGUCAGUAUAAAAAAACAAAAGUAAUUUUGUUUUUCACAGUACCGUCAGAAAGUGGUAUGACCAUUCAACCCCAAAGACAUUGUCAGUUGAAAGGCCUUAAGCCAUAAAAUAUGACAGGUUUGUGGAUGAGGUUCAACAUUUGUGGAUCAUAAGUUUGGAUAUUUCAUCAAAAACAUUGAAUCUCUGUUAGAGUUUUAUAGUCCCGUCCUCCAUCUGAGAUUAUGCCAUCAAGUUCUAAAACAUGAGCGUGGCCUAUUGGUCAGCCUCUGUCACGCUCUGAGUUAAGUGACAGGUGCAUUAACCAAUCACCGUGAGAUAUGUUCUGUCUUAAUAGCAUAUAUAAAGAAACCAAUUACAUGAGUCAUGAUCAAAUUGCAAGAAAAAAUAUAAAAUAGUCAUUAUAAUGUCCAGUCAUAUUUAGCAUGAACCAGGUGUUUUCUCUUUUUUUAUAUUCAUGAGUGAUCUAUGGCUAUUAAUACAAGAAUCCCAUGCGUUUAUCAGAAAACGUUUGUGUUUUAAAGUGUAACUAUGUAACUGUUCUGCUAAGGGCUCUGCCAUUGACAUGUUUUUACUUUGCCUGUAAUGUUCCACAAUACAACAUUCAGUGUUUCCCCUCACCAUUCACACACCCAAAGUUGUAUUUGGAGUGAUUCGUACAUGUCCGAGCAUCCUUAAAUUGCUUAUUUUCAGGGUGCCAUAUUGCUGAUCGGUCCCCAUUCACUGCAGCCACUGAUCUGUACUUACUUCAUUCUAUUUAAUUUUCUUAUAUGUGUAGGAUUAAUCUGUUGCAUUGUCAUUUUAGUACAAAUGAAUCUGUGGCUCGUCAGUGUGAUCUGCAGCUGUCCAUGGUUUAUUAUGUCGAUUAAUAUUGAGAUUUUGCGAUGUCCAAACAAUGAUCCAUGGGUGUCAUAGAUACAAAUGUUUAGCAGACACAAGCACAAUAUGUCUGCUUUAAAGAUGUUUUAUUGCUGAAAAUAAAACACAUCAAAACCAUGCAUUCUUACAGUGAGUGGGGUCUCCUCCUGCUUGUCUCCGUGGCGAUAGGUUUAAUGCAAUACUGUGGAACAUUCCAGGCAAAGCAAUAACAUUUCUAUAAAGACAGGCAAAUAGCACCAGACAAAGUUACAUAGUACACCUUUAAAGUACAAAUGAGAUUUAAUUGCAGCUCUGGAUAGUAAAUCCAUAAAUGUUGUUUGUUGACAUGUUUUGUUAUUGAUUUCAAUGCAAAAACACAUGAAUGUUCAACAUAUUUUUUUUAAAUGAACGAAUAAGUAGUACACAGUCAUCAGUUAUUUUUUACUCAUUUGUACUAACUUUUCAUUUCCUAUUUUCUUGUAUUGAAACUGCCUUUAAUCUCAUGCCUUCAUUGUGGAUGUGGUUUAUAUAAUUUUAUAUCAUGAUGCCAAACAAGAACAAAUAAAUGCUUUUUUCACAAUCCAG